CUGAUUUAUCUUUUUAAAACCUUGUUUUGUUUUGCUUUGUAGCAAGAGAAUUGUGCCCACAUCUCUCGGAGGAACCAUUUGGUUUCAUAAUUAAUAGAUUUAUCACUUCUGGCAACAAGUUAGGCAAGCAGAAGAAUGAAUUCAACUUCAAGAGAAUUACUUAAGAAUUGGCUACAGUGAUAUAACAGGGUAAUAACUGCUCCAAGGACCAGCCAUCAAGGAGGAAAAGAAAAAGUUUGGCUCCUUCUCUGGUUUCUUCUUUGACAGUCUGUGCACUGGAUGGAUGGGCAUCAUGGUGGAUUACUACAAAAUAUUGGAUGUUCCACAAAGUGCCUCUAUGAACGAUAUCAAAAGAGCGUACCGGAGUAAAGUUCUCAGAUGGCACCCAGAUAAAAAUCCAGAAAAUAGGAAGGAAGCUGAACAGAAGUUCAAAGAGAUCGUGGAAGCCUACAAAAUCCUUUCAGACACUUUGCCUUCUGUUCCAGAAAAUACGCGUGACCACUAUGAUGGAAGCAGCAAGGACACUUUCAAAGAAGCAAAAAAAGCUGAAGCUGAGAAACACCUGUCAGUGUUUGAUCAAGAUGGCAUCAAAAUAUUUUUCACAGGAAAACGUUCCUCUUCAGAUUUUUCUGUGUCCUUCUUCAGUGCUCCUAAAAGGUUUCACCACUUUUCUAUCAUGACGGCCAUCAUUAAUGGUAAAAAAAUCACAACUAAAAGACAUCUUGAGAAUGAGAGCAAGUACUUGGAAGUUGAAGAGGACGGGAAGACGGUAUCUAUCCAUGUUAAUGGCAUACCAGUUUAUGAUAGAGAAAUCAAUAGAGGAACAGGAAAUGAAUGGGAUUACAGGCCAGACAAGGGACACUAUUGUCCAAAUAAGUGGAGUUUUUGGACUUGUGAGAGGCGUCGGUGGGCAGAUGAAUGGCGGCGCUGGGCAAACAAAUGGCGAGACUGGGCAGAAGAGUGCCGGGACUGGGCUGAAGGAAGACACCCUCAGGAAGAGAAAGGUUCCUCUGGAGCUCAUGGCAGGCAUUCCCAGGCAAAUACCUCCAAGGGGAGAGAGCAACAGCACAAGGCAGAUAAGAGCAGUUGUCCCAAGAGUGGGGGAAAGAUUCCUGGAUUUCCCAUGCCUGGAGAGGGAAAAUGUGAUCUAAAAGAGGCACAUUCUAGGACAAAUAAGGGACAAUGCCAGCCAGAUGAGGAAAGCCCCAGAACAGAUAAAGAGUAUUUUGUGUUUCCCAAGCCAGGCGAGAGAAGUUGUGGGGUGCAUGAAGGCCAUUUGAAGACCAACAAGAGACAGCACAGGCCAGAAGAGGGGCCUCCUUUGGCAGAUAGGAGUAACCCUGGGUAUCCUAAGCCAGGAGAGGGGCAUGUUGAGCAAGAAGAAGGGCACAGCAGAACAAAAAAAAGACAACCUAAGCCAGAAGAGGGACAGUCCAGGCGAGACAAGGUGGCUCAUGGACUAGAGAAGCCAGCUCAGGGAUCCCUUGACCCCCUGAAAAUAGACCCCAGGUGUCAUGUAUUUCCCAUGAAACACAAGACAGCUUCUGAAUGUAGCUCUCAGGUUGGGAGCAGAGAGCUCCAUGUUGAAAAACAUGGGGAGCCACGGGCUGGGGAAAAUGAUCCCUAUGUUGUAAAAGGUGAAAAGCUCCUGGGAACGAAGGAUGAAAAACUGGAACUCAAAUGUGAGAAAGGUGGGUCCACUUUAGAUUCUGAACCAGAGAAGAGAACAGAAUUAAAUGGGAUGCUAUUUAAUUCUUCCACUGACACUAAGCCAGAUCUUCAAAGACCAAUGACUUUCUGUAGUGCUAGCGGGCAGCCAUUGAAAAGCAAAGAAUUGCAGAAUCGGACAAGAAGGCUGCACAGCAGGAGGAGCAAGUCUCAGGCUGGGAGAAACAGGUCCUACACCAGCAGAAGCAGAUCCCAGGCCCGGAAAAAUAGGAUGCUCAAUGAUCAUCAUAGAGAGUCUGAAGGUAAUGACCCAUCGAAUGGAGGUGGGGAGGUACUGUCUGAGCUGAAGAAGACCCCUGCACAUUGUAAAAGUCCUCCAAAAAGUAAGAAAAAGGGCCCUCUUCCAACCAUUCAGGUGAGUGAAAUUCCUCUUCACACCAAAAAAAGAUUGCUUAGAAGAAGGACACAUCAAGUCACCCCAGAAACCCCGAAUGAAAAACAUCAGCCUGUCUCUGAAAGUAGUCAGUUCCUGGACAUAAAUGGCCAACGGCGAGGGAGAUUGAUGAAAACGCCUCAUCCCAGUGCACAGCUUCCAAAUAUUCAAGGCCAGAAACUGGGAAUGAAUCACAUCCCAAAUGUGACUCAUUGACUUAUAGGAAGGAUCAAGCUAGCUUUCAGGCAAGUCAGCUCAGUGUCUGGCUCAUGGGCUGUGAUUGCUCCCAUUUAUCCAUUUCCCAUCAGGUAGCAAUGAGAGGCAUCCCAUAUUUGCUAGACUCAGAAAAAAAAGGAGAGUUCCAAGAGGCCAUAUUCAGU